AUGCCCAAGUGUCUCGUGCGAUUGAUUACCCUGCACCCUAAUCCUAACUUUCCCCUCUAUGGGGACUGAGCCAUAUUUACAUUGAUAUGGCAUACACAGUGCUGUUUCCUUUGGGAUAAUAGCCCAUUGUUGAACACCUAGUACCUUCUUGGGAGACACGUUUAAGACCUGUGGUCACUUGACAUUACAGACUGUGCAUUUAUUAUGAUUACACAGCAAAUAUGGACAGAGUUGAAGAUUGAGUAGCCUGAGUGCUGUCAUGCCAACUCCUUGUUACUCAUUCAUUGUCAUGUUUGGCUUGACAAUGACAAAUGGAUUUGGCAAGAGCACAAACAGAUUUGGGAUCAGGCUAAAGACUGAGGCCCUGUUCUAAAAUGCAUUCUUCCUUCUUCCCUCCCAUCCUUACAGAAAUCACUGAUCUAAAAUGAUUUGAAUGGAAUGAUAUGACGACUAUUUGAACUGUGCCAGUCUCUCAUCGCUUUCAUGUCAACAACAAGCGGUGUCAUAAAGUCUUGUCAGGUGUCUUUUAUGACGCACAGCAGAUAUACAAAUUAGCGGGCGGCAAAUAGGCAAGACUUUGACCCAGAUCCUUUGGCCAUUCACAGGCAGUCCUCAGUAUAAAGUCCAGCUCUUGUUUGGAGCAACAGAUAGAUUGACAGUCGUCAGACUCUGAGUCAAAACUGGCACACUGUGGCCUGGGGGGUCUUCAGUGGUCUAAGCCGCUGCCUCUGGAUAACAUGUACUGUGCAGUGUACUACCAUUGUGAGCAUGAGUUUGAAUCCGACCCACUACGCCAGCACUUUUUCUUUCCUCCUAUCUACUUUUCUCUCUAUCUAAUGUAUUCAGAAAAAUACAAAGGGAGUGAGGCUACCCCACUCCUUAAAGACUGGCACUGCCUGAAGACAAGUUUGUAAAUCACAUUUUAUUGGUCACGUACACACUUAGCAGGUGUUAUGGCAGGUGCAGCGACAUUCUUAUGUUCAAUCAAUGCAGUAAAUGUCAAAUAAGCACACAAUAAUAAAAAAUUAUAAAAAAUAAAACAUUUAGUACAGCAGUAGAUAUACAGGAUAAAACCUUUUUAAAGUGACCAGUGUUCAGUCCCUAAGGUGCAGGGUAGAGUACCCGGUGGUAGCCGGCUAGUGACUAAGGGGCAGAGUAGGGUACUGGGCAGAGGGCAGGGUACUGGACAGAGGCCGUCUAGUGGUGGCUGCUUAAGAGUCUGAUGGACUGGGGAUAGAAGCUGUUUAUCAGUCUCUCGGUCCCAGCUUUGAUGCACCUGUACUGUCUCCACCUUCUAGAUGGUAAUGGGGUGAACAGGCUGUGGCUCGGGUGGCUAAGGUCCUUGAUGAUCUUCUUGGCCUUCUUACCAUAUGGAUGACCUAUGACCUAUAACAGGAGUAUUCAAACCCAUGGGCCUUGAGGGUCAGAGCACAUGAAUGACCUAUAGCGAACAUCUGCUGUGACACUUUACACCAAUUGGAGCUCACUGAGUGCUUGCUGGCAUGUUGGUUGAAUUUUCAAGUGCUCUUGUUACCAGCCACGUGCGGGUGGCGGAGGCUAUGUGCAUGUCCCAAAUGGUACCCUAUUUUCUACAUAGUGCACUACUUUUGACCAGAGCCAUAUGGGCCCUCGUCAAAAGUAGUGCACUAUAUAGGGAAUAGGGUGCCAUUUGGGACACACAGUUUUCAAGUAAAGUGAAUGUCACAGUAUACUGUACCGCGAUAUAUGAUAAUGUCAUCGUGCAACGGUUCUUGCACCAGAGGAAAAUCAAAGGUAAAUACCCCUGGCUCAUUCGACGAGUAGUGAAUUAAUAGAAUGGUUGCAGUUGUGAUGGCUCCAAGAUUUGAACUUAGACUAAUGGUGAAGCUUGGUGCCAGCACAUGGAUACCCCAUACCCUCUCCUUUCACCCUCUCUCUCUUUCUAUCUCUCCCUCCUUUCACCCUCUCUAAGUUUUCUCUCUCUGUCUCUUUCUUUCUCCCUCCUCUCUCCCUAUCUCACUCUCUUGUCCACUUUCUUUCUCUCUCGUACAGUAUCACUUUCAGUUCUUAAAGCUCUAAGUAUUAUUUUUACCACUGGAUACACCUCUCCUCCGAUGGGCAAUGUUAUGUUGACAUCACCACUUUGUGCAACACUAAGCAAUGUAGAAACAGGAACUUAUCUUAAUGCCCAUCCUUUUAAAAGUCUUUUUUGACUUUUCCAAAUUGCACCAAUUAAUAGCUAAAUGGCACCCUGCAGUUAUUAUUUUAUAAAGCCUCUAUUGUAGUGGGCAUUUUCAUGUUAUAAAUCUCAAAGAAGAAGGACACAAAAUGGCUACCUAUAUUGCUCAUUGAUUUCACAGCCACAGAAUCUACUGUGUUUUGGUAUUAGACUCUCUCCCUUUCUUUAUCCACUCUGUGGUCUCUGUUAUAGGCCUAAUCAUGUGCUGCAUGCUGACAAAGGAACCACCAGCCCCUCCUGUGUGUGAGCUCAGUCCUCCUAACCUUAUAACCCUGUAUACUGUGACUCUGGUUUAGUCUAAAUAUGCCAUAAGCGCUGAGCUUCUUCUCACAUAGAGAGAUAAUGGGAUAAGAAGCAUAUAGCCUCUUCCUACUACAGCAACAGGCAGGUGUGGAGGCUUGAUAAGCUAACGGCUAAAGCCUGGGAUAGGCCCUUCCCUAGGGUGUAUUACAGCGUAUUAAUCCUCCCAGACCCAUUCCACUACACAUGUCUGAUCUUAAUUUGACCAGUUUUGUCGCAGGAGGAAAAUAAUCCUGCAGCAGGAGGACUUGAAUAUCUGAAGAAAUAUUUAGAAUCACCACCAGGGAGCAGCUGGAAGUGGUGUUUAUAUACAAUGCAGUACCGUACCUACAUGUACAUGGUAGCUUAGACUGCAGGUCCACUGGGCGCCAGUUCAAGUAGCCUAUGUAGGCUACGUGCAGGCUACAGCGUAACUGGUGUGAAUUCUUAUGUGGAUUAUAAUAAUUGGACAUAUCUGUAGGGGUAGAUGUAUUUCUCUUUAGGGAAAAUCUGUACAUGCCUAUGUCCACAUUCACACAAUGCUGGAGUAGCUAGGUCGUCAAGGUGAUGUGGUGAUGUGAACAGUCCCCUACUAGCACUUACCCUCGCUCUUCCAGAACCAGGAAGAAUACAUAGCGCCCAUGAUGCAAUCGCCACCCCAUAAUAGUUUGUGGUCAGUGAGCCACAGCAACCAGAAACAGGGCCAGGCAGAGGGUGGGAGAUAGACAGGCAUUGCUAUGGAGACCCAGCGUCGCUGACGGUCGAAAGGGGGAUAAGGAUUGGAUGCUGGCCUGCAGAGUGGGAAAAAAUAACUUACUGUUAGCAACCAAGACAUUUUGAAUAUGAUUAAAAUUUGAGAAAAGGAAAGUAAAUUAGUUAAAAAUGCCUUGUUACUAAACAAUGUGGGGAUGAAAUGAUAAUAAAGAAAUUAUAAUAAAGAAAUGAUAAUAAAGCUCAUGCUUUUAUUUUAAAAAGCUGACAUUAAUAUUCACUUCAUAGUAGCCUCUGAGCUGACAGAAACCCAGGACAAAUAAUACAUAAUAAAUAUAUAGCUGCGAGCAGCAAUGAACGGGGUUCAGGUGGAUAACAAAGCAAGGACUCUACCAUAUAGGAACUAUCUUCCUCUAUGUGCAAUCAGUGAAAGCAUUACCAUGUUGAUUGAAAUUUUAGUUGGUACACUUCACCAUAACGUUCCAAAAUACUUCAAUGCACUCUCACAGAUGUAAUAGGCAGGACUUCCAGUUUCUAAAGUUUAUACAACAUAAUAGGGCAACAAUAUAUGAUUAUACAGUAGGGGUGUACACGUAUUCGUACCGAACCGUUCGGUAUCAGGACCUCAGUUCAGUCCGCACUGUGACCCCGAAUACAUAAAAAAUAUAUACAGUGCCAGUCAAAAGUUUGAAGGUCAGUCAAUACGGAACAUUUCAAGAACUUUGAAAGUUUCUUCAAGUGCAGUCGCAAAAACCAUCAAGCGCUAUGAUGAAACUGGCUCUCAUGAGGACCGCCACGGGAAUGGAAGACCCAGAGUUACCUCUGCUCCAAAGGAUAAGUUCAUUAGAGUUACCAGCCUCAGAAAUUGCAGCCCAAAUAAAUGCCUCACAGAGUUCAAGUAACCGACACAUCUCAACAUCAACUGUUGAGAGGAGACUGUGUGAAUCAGGCCUUCAUGGUUGAAUUGCUGCAAAGAAACCACUACUAAAGGACACCAAUAAGAAGAAGAGACUUGCUUGGGCCAAUAAACACAAGCAAUGGACAUUAGACCGUGGAAAUUUGUCCAUUGGUCUGGAGUCCAAAUUGGAGAUUUUUGGUUCCAACUGCCGUGUCUUUGUGAGACGCGGUGUGGGUGAACGGAUGAUCUCUGCAUGUGUAUUUCCAACCGUAAAGCAUGGAGGAGGAGGUGUUAUGGUGUGGGGGUGCUUUGCUGGUGAUACUGUGUGUGAUUUAUUUAGAAUUCAAGGCACACUUAUCCAGCAUGGCUACCACAGCAUCUGCAGCAAUACGCCAUCCCAUCUGGUUUGGGCUUAGUGGGACUAUCAUUUGUUUUUCAACAGGACAAUGAAAAAAAACACCUCCAGGCUGUGUAAGGGCUAUUUGACCAAGAAGGAGAGUGCUGGAGUGCUGCAUCAGAUGACCUGGCUUCCAGAAUCUCCCGACCUCAACCUAAUUGAGAUGGUUUGGGAUGAGUCGGACCGCAGAGUGAAGGAAAAGCAGCAAAUAAGUGCUCUGCAUAUAUGGGAACUCCUUCAAGACUGUUGGAAAAGCAUUUCAAGUGAAGCUGGUUGAGAGAAUGCCAAGAGUGUGCAAACCUGUCAUCAAUGCAAAGGGUGGCUAUUUGAAGAAUCUCAAAUAUAAAAUAUAUUUUGAUUUGUUUAACACUUUUUUGGUUAUAUGAUUCCAUAUGUGUUAUUUCAUAGUUUUGAUGUCUUCACUAUUAUUCUACAAUGUAAAAAAUAGUACAAAGAAAGAAAAACCCUUGAAUGUGUGUCCAAACUUUAACUGGUAGUGUAUAUCAAAAAUAAAAACACUAGGCCUAUAGGCUAUGUCUACACUGCAUUGUAUGCCUCUUGAGUGAAUCUGAGCUGAAAAAAAUACAUUUCAGGCUAUUCCAUUAAAACAACUAGAGCCUAUGUGCACGUUGCAAUCAAAAUUCAAACUGUCCUUUUGCGAGGCGCUGCCGGGAACUAGUUCUGUAAGAUGGCGAGUGGUGGGGUCGAAAAACCAAGAGGAUUCUCCAUCUUCGUUUAAAUCUCCAGUUUGGGAACAUUUUAGCCUCCCAGUAGAUUAUAACGGCAAUGGACAGAGAGUGUUGCCACUGCUCAACGACAAUAGCCCGUGCAGCUGCCAAUACCUCAAAAAUGCUGACACAUUUACGCCGACAUCACCCUAAUAUUCCUACCACCUGAGCAAGACGUAAAUGCAAAAAUACAACACCACAACUUUGUCUCCCAUCUGAAUUCAAGCAGCCCUUCGCAGCUGAUUCCAAAUUAUUACAAGAGCGAUAGAUACAGCAUGUUCAUGCAAUGAAAUGCGUGGCUUUCUCGUUGCUUUUUUUGUGCAAAAUAACUAUGAAUUAACAGUCUUAUUUUCAAAUAAUUGUUAACAUACACUGAGUAUACCAAACAUUAGGAACACAUUUCUAAUAUUGAGUUGCCCCCCCCGCCCUCAGAACAACCUCAAUUUGUCGGGCAUGGACUCUACAAGGUAUUGAAAGCGUUCCACAGGGAUGCUGGCCCAUGUUGACUCCAAUGCUUCCUACAGUUGUGUCAAGUUGGCUGGAUAUCCUUUAGGUGGUGGACCAUUCUUGAUACACACAGGAAACUGUUGAGCGUGAAAAACCUUGACACAAACAAGUGCUUCUGCCACUUCUAUUUGCCAUGUCUUCAAUGUAAGCCUACUAGAAAGUGUGUGCCCUCAGGCCUGGAUGGAAGCAAAAGUCAUUCCACCACCUAAGAAUAGUAAUGCCCCUUUACUGGCUCGAAUACCCGACCAAUCAGCCUGUUACCAACCCUUAGUAAAGUUUUGGGAAAAAAUGUGUUUGACCAGAUACAACGCUAUUUUACAGUAAACAGACCACAGACUUUCAGCACGGUUAUAGGGAAAGAAUAUUCAACAACCACAGCACUUACACAAAUGACUGAUGAUUGGCUGAGAGAAACUGAUGAUAUAAAGAUUGUGGGGGCUGUUUUGUUAGACUUCAGUGCGGCUUUUGACAUUAUUUGGGACAAAUCAUUCACUAAACUCGAAACCUAAACUAAAUCUUGUAAUGAAUAAUGUGAAAAUUGAGCAAGUUGAGGUGACUAAACUGCUUGGAGUAACCCUGGAUUGUAAACUGUCAUGGUCAAAACACAUUGAUUCAACAGUAGCUAAGAUGGGGAGAAGUCUGUCCAUAAUAAAGCUCUACUCUGGCUUUCUUAACAACACUAUCAACAAGGCAGGUCAUAAAGGCCCUAGUUUUGUCGCAGCUGGACUACUGUUCAGUCGUGUGGUCAGGUGCCACAAAGAGGGACUUAGGAAAAUUACAAUUGGCUCAGAACAUGGCAGCACAGCUGGCCUGUAAAUAUACAUGGGGAGCUAACAUUAAUGAUAUGCAAGUCAAUCGCUCAUGACUCAAAGUGGAGGAGAGAUUGACUUCAUCACUACUUACUUUGGAAAAAGUGUUGACAAGCUGAAUGCACCGAGCUGUCUGUUUAAACUACUAGCAAACAGCUCGGACACCCAUGCAUACCCCACAAGAUCUGCCACCAGAGGUAUCUUCACAAUCCAGAACAGACUUUGAGAGGUGCACAGUACCACAUAGAGCCAUGACUACAUGGAACUCUAUUCCACAUCAGGUAACUGAUGCAAGCAGUAGAAUCAGAUUUAAAAAACAGUUAAAAAAACAUCUUAUGGAAUUGCGGGGACUGUGAAGAGAGACACACACACAGGUACAGACAUACGCAGACAUUGUAAUAUUGUUGUAUGGUGGUAUUAUACAUUUUGUAUUGUAGAUAUGUAGUGGCGUAAUAACGUUAUAUGAUGUACUGUUUUAUAUUUUGUUUUAUGUGUAACGUAGGUGCCUUAAUGUGUUUGGACUCCAGGAAGAGUAGCUGCUGCCUUGGCAGUAGCUAAUGGGGAUCGCUAAUACAAAUACUACCAUACCCUGUUCAAAGGCACUUACAGUGCUUUCGGAAAGUAUUGAGACCCCUUGGCUUUUUCCACAUUUUGGUAUGUUAGAGCCUUAUUCUACAAUUGAUGAAAUAAAUAACAAUUCUCAGCAAUCUACACACAAUACCCCAUAAUGACCCAGUGAAAACAGUUUUUUAGAAUUUUUUGGCACAUUUAUUACAUUUUUUAAACAGAAAUACCUUAUUUACUUAUGUAUUCAGACCCUUUGAUAUGAGACUCGAAAUUGAGCUCAGGUGCAUCCUGUUUCCAUUGAUCAUCCUUGAGAUGUUUCUACAAGUUGAUUGGAGUCCAGCUGUGGUAAAUUCAAUUGAUUGGACAUGAUUUGGAAAGGCACACACCUGUCUAUAUAAGGUCCCACAGUUGACAGUGCAUGUCAGAGCAAAAAACAAGCCAUGAGGUUGAAGGAAUUGUCCAUAGAGCUCCGAGACAGGUACCAAAAAAUGUCUGAAGCAUUGCAGGUCCCCAAGAACACAGUGGCCUCCAUCAUUCUUUAAUGGAAGAAGUUUGGAACCACCAAGACUCUUCCUAGAGCUGGCCGCCCAGCCAAACUGAGCAAUCGAGGGAGAAGGGCCUUGGUCAGGGAGGUGACCAAGAACCCGAUCACUCUUACAGAGCUCUAGAGUUCCUCUGUGGAGAUGGGAGAACCUUCCAGAACGACAACCAUCUCUGCAGUACUCCACCAAUCAGGCCUUUAUGGUAGAGUGGCCAGACGGAAGCCACUCCUCAGUAAAAGGUACAUGACAGCCCGCUUGAAGUUUGUCAAAAGGCAUCUAAAGGCUCUCAGACCAUGAGAAACAAGAUUAAUGCUGUGUGGAUGUUUUUCAGCGGCAGGGACUGGGAGACUAGUCAGGAUCGCGACAAAGAUGAACGGAGCAAAGUACAGAGAGAUCCAUGAUGAAAACCUGCUCCAGAGUGCGCAGGACCUCAGACUGGGGCGAAGGUUCACCUUCCAACAGGACAACGACCCUAAGCACACAGCCAAGACAAUGCAGGAGAGGCUUCGGGACAAGCCUCUGAAUGUCUUUGAGUGGCCCAGCCAGAGCCCGGACUUGAACCCGAUCUAACAUCUCUGGAGAGACCUGAAAAUAGCUGUGUAGCAACACUCCCCAUCCCAACCUGACAGAGCUUGAGAGGAUCUGCAGGGAAGAAUGGGAGAAACUCCCCAAAUACAGGUGUGCCAAGCUUGUAGCUCAUACCCAAGAACACUUGAUGCUGUAAUCGCUGUCAAAGGUGCUUCAACAAAGUACUGAGUAAAGGGUCUGAACACUUAUGAUAAAUAUGAUAUUUCAGUUUUCUAUAUUUAAUACAUUUGCAAAAAUGUCUAAAAACCUGUUUUUGCUUCAUCAUUAUGGGGUAUUGUGUGUAGAUUGAUGAGGGGGGAGGGGGGGGGGGGGGGGGGGGGGACGACAAAUGUAAUACUUUUUAGAAUAAGGCUGUAACGAAACAAAAUGUGUAAAAAGUCAAGGGGUCUGAAUACUUUCCGAAGGCACUGUAAAUCUUUUGUCUUGCCCAUUCACCCUCUGAGGCUUAACAAUCCUUGAACCUGUCUGCUCCCCUUUAUCUACACGGAUUGAAGUGGAUUUAACAGGUGACAUCAAUAAGGGAUCAUAGCUUUCACCUGGAUUCACCUGGUCAGUCUAUGUCAUGGAAAGAUAUACUCAGUGUUUAACACCAUAUUAAGGUUUGGGACGUUCACUGUAUUAAAGGAACAAGAGCAAGUAUUUUUUGCUCCAGCAGCUGGCAUAUUCUCUCCGUUAACAAUCCACCUGUGGGAACAUGGCGGCUAUCAACACCCGACAACAGAAAGAGUUGCCCUCGACUUGCAAUUAAAACCGGUAAAUGCAUUUCUUUCACUGUUCACUUCUAAAGUGGAUACCUACUCAGAUAAAGUGGAAAGUUUGGAGACAGCGGCCAAUGUGACAGAGUGGUGACUCCAUGACCUGGAAAUUAUUAACCUAAAAAAGAAAACAGAAUUACUCAAAUAAUUCCCAUAAAUUCAGUGUGCCGGUCACAGGACUUGAAACUGGUGUGGAGGCGGGCAACCCAAGUUCUUUCAUGAGCAAUCUUUUCUAUGAACUGUUUGGGCAGUAGAAGCUGGGUCCGAAGCCACCGAUAAACGCACAGGUCCUCUCCAUAACGUAUCCCGGUGUUUGACUGUACUUAUCCACAGUUUUUAAGUCCAACGGCAAAUUGUUUGCCUCACAGCAGAAUCAGGGGCUCUGACCUAUGCGGAGAAGAGGAUCAGCAUCUACCCAGAUCUGAGUGCCGAACUGUUGAAACAGAGGGCGACCUACAACGAGGUGAGAUCCCAGCUACGCAAGCUAAACCUGAGAUGUGGCUUCAUCCACCCGGCAAAACGUAUUUUGACCUUACAGAAUACAACACACACAUUUUCCAUUUCCAAGGAGGUCAAGAAUCCUUUGAGAAUCACAUCAAGCCCAACACACAAGGGGACAAGCCGACAGAUCUAGGUUAACCCCAAUUUGACUGGCUCAGUAUUCAGCUAUGCUAUCCACGCACAAUCACACAACCUAGCCUAUGGCUGUGAUGCUGCCCUCAACAUAAGACAAUGAUGAGGACACCCCAUCUAUUGUGAAAAAAAUACUGUUAUUGUUAUUAUUAUUAAAAUUAUUAUUAUUGCUGAACAUUGCCUUCGUUUUUAUUAUAUUGCCUAUGGUCCAGGACAUUUAGACAAUGAUGACAUCACGCCAAUUACUGAACAAUGGACAUUAUAUUGAAGUGUCAUACAGACUGGGGUUGCUUCCUUGUGGGUCUACAGCGCUUUCCAUUCCAAUGUGGGCUAAAUAUGGCAAAAUAAAUUGGAUGCUAUUCCCCUACUAUUUUUAAUGUACUACUGUUUUGGAUAGAUGGCCAGUCCCAUAUCAGCUACCACACAAUUCCUUUUUUAUUUGUUUCUGUUAAUGGUUGUCCCCCUCCGUUUACACUACUUAAGGGAAGGGGGGAAUGGUUUACAGGGGAGGGAUUCUGCGUGGGGAACGACCAAUGGGUGAGUUUCCCUGUGGGUCCUGUUUUUUGUUUCACAUCCAUGGGCUUAUUAAAGAUAACAAUUACAUUAUGAAUAAUACAUAAUACAAAUUUAAAAAAUAGCAACACUAGCUAUUCUCUUGGAAUUUGAAAGGGCUUAAUAGUCCUAUCAAAUAUUCCAGCAGCCUUGAUAUCCUAGCAAGAAACCAUAUUGAUAUAGCAAUGCUCCAAGAAACACAACUGUUCCUAAAGGACACACAUAGAAUAAAGAAACCAUUUGUGCAAACUGCCUGUUUGUUCAUCAGCCACAAACAAAACUAAAGGUGUAAUCAUAAUGAUACAUAAGAAACACAAAAUCACUAUCUUGGGUAAAGGUGAAGACCAAGAAAGAAGAAUCACUUUGCUUAAAUGUAUUCAUAAUGGAAAGGGUAGCACCAUGGUAGGGUAGCACCAUGGUGUAGGCGGAGGGCAGCUAGUUUCCGUUCUCCUUUGGGUACAUUGAUUUCAAUUCAAAACCUAGGAGGAUCAUGGUACUCACCCACUUCCAUGGACUUACACAGUAAUUAUGACAACUUCCGGAGGAGGUCCUCCAACCUAUCAGUGCUCUUGCAGUAUGAGCUGACAUGUUGUCCAUCCACUCAAAGGAUCAGAGGAUGACUCUAGUACUGAAAACAUAAGCUACAGCUAGCUAGCACUACAGUGCAUAAAUUGUGGUGAGUAGUUGACUCAAAGUCAGAGAAAGACAAUAGUUGAACAGUUUUGAACAAAUUAAUUUCUUAAAAAAGUAAGGUGAAGCUAGUAAACACAGCUAGCUAGUUUAGUGUACUCACACACCCAGCUAAAACAGAAAGGGAUGCUAUGUUAGUUAGCUGGCUAUGGCUAUCCAACACUGUAAUUCUUCCAAGUCAUGGUAAGCUUUUGGUUUAAUUAAUUUAUUGCCAACGGGGCCUGCCGGUGUAACUGCUAAACUGCUUGCUGACUGUACACUGUACUGCAUGAUUGUAGCAGGUUUGCUAACGCGUGAGUUCUAGUAGCUAAAGUUGAAGUCGGAAGUUUACAUACACUUAGGUUGGAGUCAUUAAAACUUGUUUUUCAACCACUCCACAAAUUUCUUGUCAACAAACUAUAGUUUUGGCAAGUCGGUUAGGACAUAUACUUUGUGCAUGACACAAGUAAUUCUUCCAACAAUUGUUUACAGACAGAUUAUUUCACUUAUAAUUCACUGUAUCACAAUUCCAGUGGGUCAGAAGUUUACAUACACUAAGUUGACUGUGCCUUUAAACAGCUUGGAAAAUUCCAGAAAAUGAUGUCAUGGCUUUACAACAUCAUAUGAGUCAAUUGGAGGUGUACCUGUGGAUGUAUUUCAAGGCCUACCUUCAAACUCAGUGCCUCUUUGCUUGACAUCAUGGGAAAAUCUAAAUAAAUCAGCCAAGACCUCAAAAUAAAUUGUAGACCUCCACAAGUCUGGUUCAUCCUUGGGAGCAAUUUCCAAACGCCUGAAGGUACCACGUUCAUCUGUAAAGACAAUAGUACGCAAGUAUAAACACCAUGGGACCACGCAGCCGUCAUACCGCUCAGGAAGGAGACACGAUCUGUCUCCUAUAGAUGAACGUACUUUGGUGAGAAAAGUGCAAAUCAAUCCCAGAACAACAGCAAAGGACCUUGUGAAGAUGCUGGAGGAAACAAGUACAAAAGUAUCUAUAUCCACAGUAAAACGAGUCCUAUAUCGACAAAACAUGAAAGGCUGCUCAGCAAGGAAGAAGCCACUGCUCCAAAACCCCCAUAAAAAAGCCAGACUACGGUUUGCAACUGCACAUGGGGACAAAGAUCGUUCUUUUUGGAGAAAUGUCCUCUGAUCUGAUUAAACAAAAAUAGAACUGUUUGGCCAUAAUGACCAUCGUUAUGUUUGGAGGAAAAAGGGGGUGCCUUGCAAGCCGAAGAACACCAUCCCAACCGUGAAGCACGGGGGUGGCAGCAUCAUGCUGUGGGGGUGCUUUGCUGCAGAAGGGACUGGUGCACUUCACAAAAUAGAUGGCAUCAUGUGGAAGGAAAAUUAUGUGGAUAUAUUGAAGCAACAUCUAAAGACAUCAGUCAGGAAGUUAAAGUUUGGUUGCAAAUAGGUCUUCUAAAUGGACAAUGACCCCAAACAUACUUCCAAAGUUGUGGCAAAAUGGCUUAAGGACAACAAAGCCAAGGUAUUGGAGUGGCCAUCACAAAGCCCUGACCUCAAUCCUAUAGAAAAUGUGUGGGCAGAACUGAUAAAGUGUGUGCGAGCAAGGAGGCCUACAAACCUGACUCAGUUACACCAGCUCUGUCAGGAGGGAUGGGCCAAAAUUCACCCAACUUAUUGUGGGAAGCAUGUGGAAGGUUACCCAAAACGUUUGACCCAAGUUAAACAAUUUAAAGGCAAUGCUACCAAAUACUAAUUGAGUGUAUGUAAACUUCUGACCCACUUGGAAUGUGAUGAAAGAAAUAAAAGCUGAAAUUAAUCAUUCUCUCUAGUAUUAUUCUGACAUUUCACAUUCUUAAAAUAAAGUGGUGAUCCUAACUGACCUAAAACAGGGAAUUUUUACUAAGAUUAAAUGUCAGGAAUUGUGAAAAACUGAGUUUAAAUGUAUUUGGCUGUAAACUGUAUGUUGACUAGUUAUGAUUUUAGCUAAUAUGAUGUAGGCUGUGUGUAGCGGUUAGCAGUUGAAAGUGAACUGUGUUCCCGUGUGAUCAGGGGUGCAUUUAUUCUGCCGAUUCUGUUAAAACUUUUCUUAAACAGAAGCAAACGGAACGAAACGGGGAUAAACAUACCUGAAUUUGUCCAAUAGAAACUCUCGUUUGCAACUGUUUGACUAAUGAUUACACCCUAAAUAAGCUAGAUGAAGGCAAGAGUGUGCAUGGGUGUAUUGAAUGUGUCGCUGUCUGUCACCUUGAUUACUCACAUGUUUCUCUCGACAUCUGCACCUACGUUGUAAACUUUCAUUCAUAGGCUAUGUUGUAGCAACCUCAUGAUACGUAUAGGGAAUAUUUGACUAUCAUGUAGUAGCCUAAAUCCAUCAAUGUUAUAUUGAGCUCGGUGAAUCAAAUAUGAAUGACAGUCAUUCAAUAUGCUGUAAUAGAAAUAAGGCCAUGCUCAUUUUAAAAAAUGGUCCUCCCUCAUCUUAAACGUCACUGACUGCCACUGAAUUUGAUAUAUGAGCUUGUCUGACAACCAUGCUUACUAAUGCCGACUUCACAUUUUUGAAUGUCUUUAAAAAAAAGUCACAAGAUGGCGUUUCAACGUUUCAUUGUUACAAAAUCCUACAUUCUGUGAUCAAUUUGAAAUUGUACUAAAUGAAUUCAUAAUGAUCAAUACAAAUUCAGUCGAUGACCCCUGGAUUCUAUGGGAUGCUAUCAAAGGUUUUAUGAAAAAUAAUGCAACUGCAUUUGCAUUUGGGUUGAAUAAAUCACAAUUAAAGAAGAUAUCAAAAUUGGAAAUGUUGUUAACUCCGUUCGAGCAUUCUCAACAAACACACUUUUCAGACCAGGUAGCUAUUACUACCAAGACAGAACUGAAUUUAUUGAUAAGACAGAGAGCAGAAUUUGCCAUCCAUCGAGUUAGACUCAACAAUUACUUCCAUGGUAAUCGUCCUAGUUGUUUACUGGCCAACAAGCUACACAGUAAGGAUCUAUUAGCUGAUAUAGCAACUAUUGAAUCUGAAUCAAUCCAAGGUUCUCCCGCUUCUAUAAAGAAUUGUACACUUCUGCUUGUAAAUCCACACCAAGCCAGACUGUCAUUUCUAAAAUAAUUAAGAACUACUCUUCUCUCAAAAGGGGAAGCAACCUCGCUGGGAGCCCAAAUCUCUUUCAAUGAAAUCAAAAGGGCAUAGGAUAGUAUGAAUAAAGGCUAAUUACCUGGAUGGGAUGGAAUUCCUUCCGAGGUCUAUUUAAAUGUUGGAAUCAAUUAGGUCCACUAUUGCUAGAAAUGAUUAACACAGCAGUGUUAAUUUGUGUGAGAUGUAAAUAAAGCACUAAUUUCCCUUUUAAAUAAAAAAUGUAAGGAUGCUACCCAGUGUUCUUACUCAUGCCCCUAUCUGUGAUAAACACAGAUAUUAAACUGUUUUCCAAAACGUUGUCAUCCCAUCUCAAGAUUUACUUACCCAAAUUGGUCCAAAGCGGGUUUAUCCUUGAUUUAAAAAAAGAAGAAGUUUAUCCUUGAUUAUUACAUGUCUUAAAAGCUUCAUUAGAAACAACAGCUCCUUGGGCUGUUUUAUCUCUCAAUGCAGAAAAAGCUUUUGAUAGACUAGAAUGGUCAUGUCUCUGGUCUGUCUUGGAACAUAUGGGAAUUGGCUCCGAUUUCAUUAGUAUGAUUAAAAUGCUACAUACCAAUCCCUCAGCCAUAAUUAUAACAGGCAAUAUCUGCUCUGCUCCGUUGAGAAUCACAAGAAGCAGUAGACAAGGCGAUCCAAUUUCUCCUUUGCUAUCUUUAUUAUCCAUAGAACUACUGGCCCAGGCAACUCGUCAACCGAAGGGAAUAACUGAAAUAUUCCUACAAUCUACUGAUCACGUCAUCUCAUUAUACGCAGAUUUAUUUUACAAUAUCUAGACAAAGCAUCUCAAUCUCUUCCAAACGCAUUGACGAUCACAGAUAAAGUCAUCUUAAUCUCAAAUUAAAAAAUUAAUCGAAUCAAAUCAGCACUUCUGCCUCUCAAGACCCUGAUGGAGGACUACAUCUCUACUUAUAGAAUCCCAAUCGUUUCCCUUUUUAAAUAUUUUGGAGUAGAUAUGUUUCCUUCCUUAGAUAAAACCAUUGUCAGAAAUGUUUACAGAACACUCAAAUCAAUUAAAUCUGACCUCAGUAGAUGGAAUAACAUCCCAGUUGCUUUAACCAGCAGAAUAUAUUUUGUCAAAAUGAAUAUAUUGCCAAGGCUGAAUUUCUGUAGUUCAAUGCUUCCCAUGGCUCCCCCUUCUGGCUAUUGGGACAAAAUACAUAGCGCGGUUUUAAAAUGUAUAUAGCAAGGUAACCGAUACCGGAUAAAAUUAAGAAACUUACAAAGAGGGAAAGACGUAGCAAACUUUCAAUUGUAUUUCCUAGCAUUUCGCCCCAUCCUAAAUUAGUUAAGACAUGAUUAUUCUGCCCCCUGACUGAGUAUGGAGAGUAUACAGUCGUGGUCAAAGGUUUUGAGAAUGACACAAGUAUUGGUCUUCACAAAGUUCGCUGCUUCAGUAUUAUGAGAUUUUUUUGUCAGAUGUUACUAUGGUAUGCUGAAGUAUAAUUACAAGCAUUUCAUAAGUGUCAAAGGCUUUUAUUGACAAUUACAUUAAGUUUAAUAUUUGUAGUGUUGACCCUUCUUUUUCAAGACCUCUGCAAUCUGCCCUGUCAUGCUGUCAAUUAACUUCUGGGCCACAUCCUGACUGAUGGCAGCCCAUUCUUGCAUAAUCAAUGCUUGGAGUUUGUCAGAAUUUGUGGGUUUUUGUUUGUCCACCCGCCUCUUGAGGAUCGACCACAAGUUCUCAAUGGGAUUAAGGUCUGGGGAGUUUCCUGGCCAUGGACCCAACAUUUUGAUGUUUUGUUCCCCGAGCCACUUAGUUAUCACUUUUGCCUUAUGGCAAGGUGCUCCAUCAUGCUGGAAAAGGCAUUGGUCGUCACCAAACUGUUCUUGGAUGGUUGGGAGAAGUUGCUCUCGGAGGAUAUGUUGAUACCAUUCUUUAUUCAUGGCUGUGUUCUUAGGCAAAGUUGUGAGUGAGCCCACUCCCUUGGCUGAGAAGCAACCCCACACAUGAAUGGUCUCAGGAUGCUUUACUGUUGGCAUGACACAGGACUGAGGGUAGCGCUCACCUUGUCUUCUCCUGACAAGCUUUUUUCCGGAUGCCCCAAACAAUCGGAAAGGGGAUUCAUCAGAGAAAAUGACUUUACCCCAGUCGAAUCCCUGUACCUUUUGCAGAAUAUCAGUCUGUCCCUGAUGUUUUUCCUGGAGAGAAGUGGCUUCUUUGCUGCCCUUCUUGAAACCAGGCCAUCCUCCAAAGGUCUUCGCCUCACUGUGCGUGCAGAUGCACUCACACCUGCCUGCUGCCAUUCCUGAGCAAGCUCUGCAGUGGUGGUGCCCCGAUCCCGCAGCUGAAUCCACUUUAGGAGACGGUCCUGGCGCUUGCUGAACUUUCUUGGGCGCCCUGACGCCUUCUUCACAACAAUUGAACCGCUAUCCUUGAAGUUCUUGAUGAUCCGAUAAAUGGUUGAUUUAGGUGCAAUCUUACUAGCAGCAAUAACCUUGCCUGUGAAGCCCUUUUUGUGCAAAGCAAUGAUGACGGCAUGUGUUUCCUUGCAGGUAACCAUGGUUAACAGAGGAAGAACAAUGAUUUCAAGGACCACCCUCCUUUUAAAGCUUCCAGUCUGUUAUUCUAACUCAAUCAGCAUGACAGAGUGAUCUCCAGCCUUGUCCUCGUCAACACUCUCACCUGUGUUAACGAGAGAAUCACUGACAUGAAGUCAUCUGGUCCUUUUGUGGCAGGGCUGAAAUGCAGUGGAAAUGUUUUUAGGGGAUUAAGUUCAUUUUCAUGGCAAAGAGGGACUUUGUAAUUAAUUGCAAUUCAUCCGAUCACUCUUCAUGACAUUCUGGAAUAUAUGGAUAUUGCCAUCAUCAAUACUGAGGCAGCAGACUUUGUGAAAAUUAGCAUGUGUCAUUCUCAAAUCUUUUGACCACAACUGUAGAGAGAAAUAUGGUGUCUCCUAUUGCCUGGAAGAGGUGAUCUUCACUGAUAUAUCCAUUAAACAAUGUAAACUACUCUUUGGUCCUACUAUUGCUCACAAAAUGUAUAUUUGGUGCAAAAUUGAAAAACAAUGUAAAUGGGAAUAAAAAAUGUAUGCCCAUGCUCCGAUAUUUCAAAACAAUGCCAAGCGAUCUGGAGGGCAGACUUUGGAAUCUGUACCCUUGAGAUAUCAUGGACAGUAAUGGUUUGAGAACAUUCCAAGAUGUUAAACAAUACAUACACAUGACCAGGUAACUCCUUUUUUCUAUAUUUACAAUUUAGUUCAGCUAUGCUGUCCAUUGGGAAACCCAACUACCGAACCAUCCAAUGAUGGGAUUUAUAAAUACAUUUUCUGGGCUCCCGAAAGGACUGAUAUAUGUAGUAUAUUAAGAACCUUUGGAAAGCUUAUAUUCUGCGCUAUUCAUUGAAAAGGUAUGGUCCACAGAUCUAAUUGAAUCUGAACAACCCAUCAACUGUAACAGAAUAGGGAAAGAUAUGACUCCUGGGUUAGAAAAUCAAUUUCGAAGUGCAUGAAUGUAAAUAUUCACUGCUUUGCAUCUAUUAUGUUACUUAGUGAUGAUAGCUCCUUGAAUAUCUCAAUCAAUCAGAGAGAAUUACUGCUGGCAGGCAUCACUACCGAAAAAAGAUGCUGGCUCUUAGAUGGCAAUCACCUCACUCUCUCCCAAUUCGCCAGUGGAUACAGUUACUAUUAGAAUUUAUAACAUUAGAAUAAUUGACAGUGAGAAUGAAUGGUGCUAGUCAAGGAACAAUUGAGGCCUGGACAAAUAUGCUUGACUCUUUAAAGAAAAAUCUCAGAUAAAGUCCAACACAAACAAGUACAUAAUCCAUAAACCCCAAUACAAAAAAAAAAGGUAUUCAGACCCCUCCCCAUUUUAUUCUAAAAUGGCUUAAAUAUUUUUUCCCCCUCAUCAAUCUAUACACAAUACCCCAUAAUGACAAAGCAAAAACUGGUUUAUAGACAUUUUUGCACAUUUAUAAAAAAUUUAAAAAAUGUGGAAACAUCACAUUUACAUGAGUAUUCAGACCCUAUACUCAGUACAUUGUUGAAGCAACUUUGGCAGCGAUUACAGCCUAGAGUAUUAUUGGGUAUGACGCUACAAGCUUGGCACACCUGUAUUUGGGGAGUUUCUCCCAUUCUUCUCUGCAGAUCUUCUCAAACUAUGUCAGGUUGGAUGGAAAGCGUCGCUGCACAGCUAUUUUCAGGUCUCUCCAGAGAUGUUAGAUUGGGUUCAAAUCCGGGCUCUGGCUGGGCCAGUCAAGGACAUUCAGAGACUUGUCCCAAAGCCACUACUAUGUUGUCUUGGCUGUGUGCUUAGGGUCGUUGUCCUGUUAGAAGGUGAACCUCUGCCCCAGUCUGAUGUCCUGAGCGCUCUGGAGCAGAUUUUCAUCAAGGAUCUCUGUCUUUCCCUUGAUCCUGACUAGUCUCCCAGUCCCUGCCGCUGAAAAACAUCCCCACAGAAUUAUGCUGCUACCACCAUGCUUUACCGUAGGGAUGGUAUUGGCCAGGUAAUGAGCAGUGCCUGGUUUCCUCCAGACGUGACGCUUGGCAUUCAGACCAACAAGUUCAAUCUUGGUUUCAUCAGACCAGAGAAUCUUGUUUCUCAUGGUCUGAGAGUCCUUUAGGUGCCUUUUGGCAAACUCCAAGUGGGCUGUCAUGUGCCUUUUACUGAGGAGUGGCUUCCGUCUGUCCACUCUACCAUAAAGGCCUCAUUAGUGGAGUGCUGCAGAGAUGGUUGUCCAUCUUGAAGGUUCUCCCAUCUCCACAGAAGAACUCUGGAGCUCUGUCAGAGUGACCAUCGGGUUCUUGGUCACCUCCCUGACCAAGGCCUUUCUCCCCCGAUUGCUCAGUUUGGCCGGGCGGCCAUCUCUAGGAAGAGACUUGGUGGUUCGAAUCUUCUUCCAUUUAAGAAUGAUGGAGGCCACUGUGUUCUUGGGGAUCUUCAAUGCUGCAGAAAUGCUUUGGUGCCCUUCCUCAGAUCUGUGCCUCUACAAAAUCCUGUCCUCUACGGACAAUUCCUUCGACCUCAUGGCUUGGUUUUUGCUCUGACGUGCACUGUCAACUGUGGGACCUUAUAUAGACAGGUGUAUGCCUUUCCAAAUCAUGUCCAAUCAAUUGAAUUUACCAAAGGUGGACUCCAAUCAAGUUGUAGAAACAUCUCAAGGAUGAUCAAUGGAAACAGGAUGCACCUGAGCUCAAUUUCAAGUCUCAUAGCAAAGGGUCUUAAUAGUUAUGUAAAGAAGUUAUUUCCGUUUUUUUUAUUUUUUCGAUUUGCAAAAACCUGUUUUCCCUUUGUCAUUAUGGGGUAUUGUGUGUAGAUUGAUGAGGGAAAAAAUGUAUUUAAUCAAUUUUAGAAUAAGGAUGUAACGUAACAAAAUAUUGAAAAAGGGACCAGUUAUCACAUAUCCAGUCGUUAAAUUUCCUUCUGAGGAUACCCGGAGGCGAAGUCAUUAAUAUCCGUCAGGUGAUUUGUUGAGGCUUCUUGGCUGCGUGACGUCACUUCGAGCCCUUACCAAAACAUGGUGGAAAUAUUCUCUCACCUCGGAUCUGACACCAGUAGUAACCACCAAGUUCAGUGACAGUUAAUAUUAAAUUAAAAUACAAAACGUAUGUCACCGAGGAGUGCUUUCUAGCUAGCUACAGUGUUUGAGUCAUCUCAGCCGUUUUCUUGUAAAACAGCUCAGCUAGCUAGCAAAAUGCUAAUUUGCCAUGCUAACGCUAGACUGUUUCUAGACUUGGGAGCUCAUUGGGGCUUCAGGAGCCAGCGGGUUAGAUGAUUCCACCAAGGGCAACAACAACUGGCUACUACUAUAGAACUGAACCGAUGGAUGUGGGGCAAUUAAAUUUGGUAUGUAAACCUAAUCUUUAGAAGCUGUGUAAAUUACAUUUAAAGGCAAUGUUCCCAUUUUAGCGGAGACUGCAUUCACGGUAAAAGCUGCAUUUGUCAGCUCAAUCGGAAAUUAACUUUACAUUUCUAGCGCGGAAUCUGUAAUGCUUCAGCUUUACAGAUGAAAUAGAGCCCCAAAUUUGGAGUGAAUGUGACUUUUAGUCCAUGAGAAUUCGAUUUUUUAUGAUUAUUUUAAGCAUUAGCGUUACAUAGCCAAAAGUGAAUUGUUCAUAGUUUCCUUAUUUUUUAAAGACAUCAACGCCAAACUUAACAAGGUUCAUGAUGGUAAUGUCUUUGAUGAUCUUAAAACGUUUCUAGUUGAUAGGCCAUUGUAAAUUACAAAGGAUUUUAAUUGACACUUAAAAUCUGAUUUUCUGAUUAAUUAAUAACUCAGCCAUCUCUUAACCCAGAUAUGAGGGUUUAAGUGAGACUGCUUAUAACAGAGCCACCUAUUGGCCAAUCGGUGUCAUUAUUUUUGACAAUAACAGUGCCACCUAUUGGCCAAUCGGUGCCAUUAUUUUUAACCAAGUUUACAAUCUAUGCUUGAGUUAUUUGACCAUGUCAAGAAAAAUAAAACAAUCUAAGAAUAACAAUAGGUUUCACAGCUUUGUUGUGAACCUCUAAUAACAAUUUAUUGGAUUUAUAUAGCGCCUUUCUACCAACUGAGGUACUCAAACUGCUUUAACUAGUAAGGGGGAAACUCACCUCAUCCACCACCAAUGGGUGGCACCCACUUGGAUGAUGCACGGCAACCAUUUUGUGCCAGAAUACUCACCACACAUUAGCUAGCAUGGUGGCGAGGUAUGGAGUGAUAUACAUUAUACCAAUGAAGAAAUUGUUUUGAGAGUCGUAUUAGCAGUUAUUCGUAUUAGCAGUAGUUGAAGAGAAAAGUAGGUUCCAGAGCACAGUGCUGUUUCUUGCUCUGAGAGGAUGUUCUGAGGGAAAACUGAGGGGAUCAGGCUGACCCCAUCUCUCUCUCUUUUUCUCUCUCUUUAUGUCUCUCAGAUGACCACCAAGGAGAAGCUGAUCACCCAUGUCUUGGCUGGUGAGCCCGUUGGCUCCCGAAGCAAGGUGACAGUGGUUGGCGUCGGCAUGGUUGGCAUGGCCUCCGCAGUCAGCGUCCUGCUCAAGGUAAGACCGAUGGAGGGAUGGAUGGGGGAGGGGAGGGGCGGGGUGGGGUGGGAUCGGGGCUGGGUUACGUUACUUUCUAAAUGUAGUCUGUUACAGUUACUAGUCCCAAAUUUUGAUCAGUAACGUAACAUUUGGAUUACCCAAACUCAGUAACGUAAUCUGAUUACCUUCAGUUACUUUCCCUUAAGAGGCAUUAGAAGAAGACAAAAAUGAAUAUUACCAAUUGAACUACAGUUGAAGUCGGAGGUUUACAUACACUUAGGUUGGAGUAUUUAAAACUUGUUUUUCAACCACUCCACAAAUUUCUUGUUAACAAACUAUAGUUUUGGCAAGUCGGUUAGGACAUCUACACUUUGUGCAUGACACAAGUAAUUUUUCCAACAAUUAUUUCACUUAUAAUUCACUGUAUCACAAUUCCAGUGGGUCAGAAGUUUACAUACACUAAAUUGACUGUGCCAUUAAACAGCUUGGAAAAUUCCAGAAAAUGAUGUCAUGGCUUUAGAAGCUUCUGAUAGGCUAAUUGACAUUAUUUGAGUCAAUAGGAGGUGUACCUGUGGAUGUAUUUCAAGGCCUACCUUCAAAAUCAGUGCCUCUUUGCUUGACAUCAUGGGAAAAUCAAAAGAAAUCAGCCAAGACCUCAGAAAAAAAUGUGUAGACCUCCAGAAGUCUGGUUCAUCCUUGGGAGCAAUUUCCAAACGCCUGAAGGUACCACGUUCAUCUGUACAAACAAUAGUACACAAGUAUAAACACCAUGGGACCACGCAGCCGUCAUACCACUCAGGAAGGAGACGCGAUCUGUCUCCUAGAAAUGAACGUACUUUGGUGCGAAAAGUGCAAAUCAAUCCCAGAACAACAGCAAAAGGACCUUGUGAAGAUGCUGGAGGAAACAGGUACAAAAGUAUCUAUAUCCACAGUAAAACGAGUCCUAUAUCGACAUAACCUGAAAGGCCGCUCAGCAAGGAAGAAGCCACUGCUCCAAAACCGCCAUAUGAAAGCCAGACUACGGUUUGCAACUGCACAUGGGGACAAAGAUCGUACUUUUUGGAGAAAUGUCCUCUUGUCUGAUGGAACAAAAAUAGAACUGUUUGGCCAUAAUGACCAUCGUUAUGUUUGGAGGAAAAAGGGGGUGCCUUGCAAGCCGAAGAACACCAUCCCAACCGUGAAGCACGGGGGUGGCAGCAUCAUGCUGUGGGUGUGCUUUGCUGCAGGAGGGACUGGUGUACUUCACAAAAUAGAUUGCAUCAUGAGGAAGGAAAAUGAUGUGGAUAUAUUGAAGCAACAUCUCAAGACAUCAGUCAGGAAGUUAAAGCUUGGUCGCAAAUGGGUCUUCCAAAUGGACAAUGAACCCAAGCAUACUUCCAAAGUUGUGGCAAAAGGUCUUAAGGACAACAAUGUCAAGGUAUUGGAGUGGCCAUCACAAAGCCCUGACCUCAAUCCUAUAGAAAAUGUGUGGGCAGAACUGAAAAAGCGUGUGCGAGCAUGGAGGCCUACAAACCACACUCAGUUACACCAGCUCUGUCAGGAGGAAUGGGCCAAAAUUCACCGAACUUAUUGUGGGAAGCUUGUGGAAGGCUACCCGAAACGUUUGACCCAAGUUAAACAAUUUAAAGGCAAUGCUACCAAAUACUAAUUGAGUGUAUAUAAACUUCUGACCCACUGGGAAUGUGAUGAAAGAAAUAAAAGCUGAAAUAAAUCAUUCUCUCUAGUAUUAUUCUGACAUUUCACAUUCUUAAAAUAAAGUGGUGAUCCUAACUGACCUAAAACAGGGAAUUUUAACUAGGAUUAAAUGUCAGGAAUUGUGAAAAACUGAGUUUAAAUGUAUUUAAAUGUAUUUGGCUAAGGUGUAUGUAAACUUCCUGUACAUCUAUUGCAGGAUAAAUCAAAGUUAGAGUUUACAUAGCUGGCCAUAAAUGGAUGUUGCAUUUUAAUUUAUGGGUUGGUUAUGUACAGUAGGCUUAUUUUAACCCAUUGCUUUAUACCACAGAUAAUAAUAUGAUUAGGCUAUUUCUUUACAUAAAAAACAUAAGUCUUUCAAAAGUGUUUGAGCAUGUUACAUUAGGCCUACGGACAUAUUUUCUUUUAACCAUCACAAAUUAGAUUGAGCAAUAAAAGCCACACUCGUGGUCUUAUUAAAUUAAACUUGUUUUUGACAGUAUGGAGCACAAUACCACAGAGAAGUUUAGAAUUGAGGAACUCCCUUAAAUUGUUAUACCAUAGGCUAGGAUCCACACAAUGCAGCUGUUGCAAGAGCACAUUUUUCACUGGCUGUCAAUGGGUUGCAAAAACAAUGAUUGAUAGGCAGCUUAAACUUCUUCAAUUCAACCAUUAUUAGGUUAAAAUACACAUAUACAAUUGUGAACAGCCAUCCACUACAACCACAGUUCGUAAGGCAUACAUUUCUAAAUGAGAGAGCAGCAGUGUGAUUCACAUCAAUGUGCUACGUAGAUAUCCAUAAUAAGUUAAUUUAGAGAUGGGGGUUAUGUUUUGUUGUUGUUAUUUAGCCAGGGAGUCACUGAGACCAUGGUCUCUUUUGCAGAUGAGCCCUGCAUGAACACAUCAAUAAACCACAAUUACUCAAUAGAUAUCUAUUUUACAUUUUAGUCAUUUAGCAGAUGCUCUUAUCCAGAGCUCUUAUCCAGAGCAUACAUUCUUUUUUGUAUUUUUCAUACUGGCCCCCCGUGGGAAUCAAACCCACAACCCUGGCGUUGCAAACGCCAUGCUCUACCAACUGAGCUACAUCCCUGCCGGCCAUUCCCUCCCCUACCCUGGACGACGCUGGGCCAAUUGUGCGCCGCCCCAUGGGUCUCCCGGUCGCGGCCGGCUACGACAGAGCCUGGAUUCGAACCAGGAUCUCUAGUGGCACAGCUAGCACUGCGAUGCAGUGCCUUAGACCGCUGCGCCACUCAGGAGAUCUAUAUAAUUCAAUUACACAAUACAUGAAAAUCCAACACAAAACAUGAAAAGCAAAACAAAAUCAUAUGAAACAAACACAUUCUUCUGUAAAAAGGCCCUCUAACAUCUGCCUGGAUUGCCCUAGAGGCACCAACUCCACAAACCUUAAAAGCUCAGACACACCCGUGGGAUUGUUAAGUGUUUGCCUGCAGAUAGUACUUAGCAUCUCUGAACAGAGUGUCGGCAGUCAAUCUAUUUUGUGUUCUCACAGCAAAGACCUUGGAAGUCGUCAGCCACUCAGACUUGUUAGAAUACUCCAAACCAGAAAGUGGCAGUAUCGUUGUUUGGCAAUGCAUAUCUGUUCGUAUUGCUUAUUAUCUAGAUUCAAAGCUAUCUGCGCUAAUGUUUCUAUUUUGUAGAAAGCCCUUGUUGAUACUAGCCAGAUGGCCACAGCUAGACAACUUGAAAAAUAAAAGGAGAGCCGCACACUCUAGGAGCUCAGAUGCAAUAAUUGAAUAACCUAAUAACCAAUGUUUCGACAGACAAGCUGUCUUCAUCAGGAUAUAAUGACAAACACUGCAGGUCACUAGUUUAUAUAGUUUCAAAGGACACACAGGUGUCUGUAAUCAUGGACGGGUGUGGCUUGAUAUCAUUGGUUAAUUUACAGAUAUAAAUAGAACAUGUAAAAAACAUGAAUUGAUAGCAUACGAUCAUAGAUACAUGUUGGCUAGAUAGGCCUACAAACAUUUACAAUGAAUUGCAAGAUCACAAUAAACACAAGAAUGGCUUCAGAUCAAAGUCUAUGUUGAGACCGAAGAGAGCAAGGGUCUUUAAAUUAAAGAUCCAGGAAGCCUCUCGUUUAAUAAAUUGUCAAGGUCACCCCUCUCCUAGGGAGGGUGAUGUGUUCGAUGCCGAUAUAACGUAGGGAGGAAAUAGAGUGGUUUGCUUCCAAAAAGUGGGCCACAACUGGGUACGUCGAGUUUUUGCAACUAAUGGUGCUACGAUGCUCCGAGAUUCUUACUUGUAAUUCGCGCUUCGUUUUACCCACAUCAUUUUUACCACAAGGACAAGUUAUAAGAUAAAUAAAUAGCGCAAUGCAUCGACUGGCUGACCAGGGUCAAUUAAACCACAAUUUCUUUAAAAUGAAAAGCUGAGAUAAAAUGCUGAUUUAAAAGCAUCACUUAUCUCAUUUUCUCAAUAAUGAUGUCUGACACAACUUGCUUAUGCAGGGAAGGAGAGGAAUUUCAACACUUCAGUGCAUUAACUGUUUUCCAAAAUGUUAAUGGAUCACCCGCUGUCUGAGAUAGAACUUAGAAAGUAACUAGAUUUAGCUUUUUUGAUUGAGGAAGUGCAUCUAUUUCUCAAUUGCCUGAUAAGCUUUCAAUCAGCUACAGAGACCGUUUUUCUAGCCUUGGCCCAGGCCUGAUUUCUCAUAAUAACAAGAUAUGAAAGUUCUAUAGAGAACCAAGGAUUUGUACAAAUGUUUUACUCUAAAGUAUUUAAAGGGGCCGUGUUUUGUCUGCCAGAGGGAUACAAAUAGAUGAGAACAAUUCUAGAGCUAAUUCAGGGUCCGGCAUACAGCUGAUAGAGGCAAAGUCAGUAUACAGCGCCUUGCAAAAGUAUUCAUCCCCCUUGGCAUUUUUCCUAUUUUGUUGCAUUACAACCUGUAAUUUAAAUUGAUUUUUAUUUGGAUUUCAUGUAAUGGACAUACACAAAAUAGUCCAAAUUGGUGAAGUGAAAUGGAAAAAAAAAACGUAUUACAAAAAAAAUCGAAAAGAUUAAUAACGGAAAAGUGGUGCGUGUAUAUGUAUUCACCCCCUUUACUAUGAAGCCCCUAAAUAAGAUCUGGUGCAACCAAUUACCUUCAGAAGUCACAUAAUUAGUUAAAUAAAGUCCACCUGUGUGCAAUCUAAGUGUCACAUGAUCUGUCACAUGAUCUCAGUAUAUGUCACGGUUUCGGCCGAGGCUGCCUCUCUCCCUUGUUCGGGCAGGCUUCGGCGUUCGUUGUCUCCGGAAUACUAGCUGCCACCGUUGUAUGUUUCAUGUUCGUUUGCUUUUGUCUGUUUGUUGUGACACCUGUUCUCGUUUAGCGUAAUUAGUGUCCUAUAAGUUUCUCGUUGUGUUUGUCUAGUGUUGUGUGUUGGACUAUACUUCGGUGUCCUGCGUUUGAUUCCACCACUGCACCCACCUACAGCACGCGUGACAGUAUAUAUACACCUGUUUUGAAAGGCCCCAGAGUCUGCAACACCACUAAGCAGGGGGCACCACCAAGCAAGUGGCACCAUGAAGACCAAGGAGCUAUCCAAACAGGUCAGGGACAAAGUUGUGGAGAAGUACAGAUCAGGGUUAGGUUAUAAAAAAUAUCAGAAACUUUGAACAUCCCACUGAGCACCAUUAAAUCCAUUAUUUAAAAAAUGGAAAGAAUAUGGCACCACAACAAACCUGCCAAGAGAGGGCCGCCCACCAAAGCUCACAGACCAGGCAAGAAGGGCAUUAAUCAGAGAGGCAACAAAGAGACCAAAGAUAACCCUGAAGGAGCUGCAAACCUCCACAGUGGAGAUUGGAGUAACUGUCCAUAGGACCACUUUAAGCAGUACACUCCACAGAGCUGGGAUUUACGGAAGAGUGGGCAGAAAAAAAAUAAGCAAACAUUUUGGUGUUCGCCAAAAGGCAUGUGGGAGACUCUCCAAACAUAUGGAAGAAGGUACUCUGGUCAGAUUAGACUAAAAUUGAGCUUUUUGGCCAUCAAGGAAAACGCUAUGUCUGGCGCAAACCCAACACCUCUCAUCACCCCGAGAACACCAUCCCCACAGUGAAGCAUGGUGGUGGCAGCAUCAUGCUGUGGGGAUGUUUUUCAUCGGCAGGGACUGGGAAACUGGUCAGAAUUGAUGGAUGGCGCUAAAUACAGGGAAAUUCUUGAGGGAAACCUGUUUCAGUCUUCCAGAGAUUUGAGACUGGGACCGAGGUUCACCUUCCAGCAGGACAAUGACCCUAAGCAUACUGCUAAAGCAACACUCUAGUGGUUUAAGGGGAAACAUUUAAAUGUCUUGGAAUGGCCUAGUCAAAGCCCAGACCUCAAUCCAAUUGAGAAUUUGUGGUAUGACAUAAAGAUUGCUGAACACCAGCAGAACCCAUCCAACUUGAAAUAGCUGGAGCAGUUUUGCCUUGAAGAAUGGGCAGAAAUCCCAGUGGCUAGAUAUGCCAAGCUUAUAGUGACAUACCCCAAGUGACUUGCAGCUGUAAUUCCUGCAAAAGGUGGCUCUACAAAGUAUUGACUUUGGGGGGGGGGGGGGGGGGGGGGUGAAUAGUUAUGCAUGCUCAAGUUUUUUUUUUUUUGUUGGUCUUAUUUCUUGUUUAUUUCACAAUAAUGUAGUAUGCAUGUUGUGUAAAUCAAAUGAUACAAACCCCCAAAAAAUUUCAUUCCAGGUUGUAAGGCAACAAAAUAGGAAAAAUGCCAAGGGGGGUGAAUACUUUCGCAAGCCACCGUAAUACAUAUCAUGAAGAAGAGCUUGGAGGGUAAACAUUUCUAAGAUGCAAUAUGCAGAAAUCGCUCCGCCAUUUCCUGGUUGCAAAAAUUCUAAUAGUUUGCCUAAUUUCAGUUUAUGUGACAAAACAAGCAAGUAUAGUGUAGAGAAUCAUCGUUCCAUCUAAACCACUGUGAAAUAUAUUUUCUAUAACCAAACAUUUUGUGUUUUCAGCUGUUUUAAGCUGGUGUACAAAACCUAAAGUAAAAGAUGCAAAAACAAAACUUAAGAUAGGAAGCAAUAGCGCACAUAGAACAGAUCUACCGUUUCUUAGACAUGCUUUACAUUUACAUUUACAUUUGAGUCAUUUAGCAGACGCUCUUAUCCAGAGCGACUUAGUGUUAGUGAGUGCAUAUAUUUUCAUACUGGUCCCCCGUGGGAAUCGAACCCACAACCCUGGCGUUGCAAGCGCCAUGCUCUACCAACUAAGAAUGACAGAUCUAUAACACAUUUCUAUGUGAAUUUGGUCGGGUCGCCCCAAAAAUUACAUAUUAGAGCUUUAAAAAUGUAUCUUCAUAAUUAUACGAGGAUCAGUGUUCAUGUGUUUGGUAUCUCUAAUACAUGCAAUAGGACAGUGAUCACUGAUAUCAUUAGCAAAGACACCAUGGACAAGUACCUGUGGGGGCUAUUUGUCAGAAUUAGGUCAAUCAGUGAGGAGUUUGCUGGAUUGUUUUUACAUUCAUCCCAUGUGAGAUUUGCAAUCAGUUGAGUCAGGUCAAAGUCAAGGCAAAUAUUAUUUAAAUGGUCUGAGGCCGAGGUAAACCAAAGUUAAAAUCCCCUAAAACUACUAAUUCAGAAAAGGUUUCAACAGGACAAUGACCCAACACACCUCCAGGCUGUGUAAGGGCUAUUUGACCAAGAAGGAGAGUGAUGGAGUGCUGCAUCAGAUGACCUGGCAUCCACAAUCACCCGACCUCAACCAAAUUGAGAUGGUUUGGGAUUAGUUGGACCGCAGAGUGAAGGAAAAGCAGCCAACAAGUGCUCAGCAUAUGUGGGAACUCCUUCAAGACUGUUGGAAAAGCAUUCCAGGUGAAGCUGGUUGAGAGAAUGCCAAGAGUGUGCAAAGCUGUCAUCAAGGCAAAGGGUGGCUACUUUGAAGAAUCUCAAAUAUAAAAUAUAUUUUGAUUUGUUUAACACUUUUUUGGAUACUACAUGAUUCCAUGUGUUAUUUCAUAGUGUUGAUGUCUUCACUAUUAUUCUACAAUGUAGAAAAUAGUACAAAUAAAGAAAAACCCUUGAAUGAGUAGGUGUGUCUAAACUUUUGACUGGUACUGUGUGUAUAUAUAUAUAUAUAUAUAUAUAUAUAUAUAUGUCCCCUUCCUCUGCGGAAGCAUAGUUCCCGCUCAGCCCAGUCAAAAUUGUUCGCUGCUCUGGCACCCCAAUGGUGGAACAAGCUCCCUCACGACGCCAGGACAGCGGAGUCACUCACCACCUUCCGGAGACAUUUGAAACCCCACCUCUUUAAGGAACACCUGGGAUAGGAUAAAGUAAUCCUUCUACCCCACUGGCUAUAGGGGUAAUGCACCAACUUGUAGUCGCUCUGGAUAAGAGCGUCUGCUAAAUGACGUAAAUGUGCCCUUGAGCAAGGCACUUAACCCUAAUUGCUCCUGUAAGUCGCUCUGGAUAAGAGCGUCUGCUAAAUGACUAAAAUGUAAAUGUAAAAUGUUAAUCCUAGUAAAAAGUCCCUGUCUUACGUCAGUUAGGAUCACCACUUUAUUUUAAGAAUGUGAAAUGUCAGAAUAAAAGUAGAGUGGGUCCGAAGUUUACAUACAAUCAAUUAGUAUUUGGUACCAUUGCCUUUAAAUUGUUUAACUUGGGUCAAACGUUUCGGGUAGCCUUCCACAAGCUUCCGACAAUAAGUUGGGUGAAUUUUGGCACAUUCCUCCUGACAGAGCUGGUGUAACUGAGUCAGGUUUGUAGGCCUCCUUGCUCACACACGCUUUUUCAGUUCUGCCCACAAAUGUUCUAUAGGAUUGAGGUCAGGGCUUUGUGAUGGCCACUCCAAUACCUUGACUUUGUUGUCCUUAAGACAUGUUGCCACAACUUUGGAAGUAUGCGUGGGGUCAUUGUCCAUUUGGAAGACCCAUUUGCUUUAACUUCCUGACUGAUGUCUUGAGAUGUUGCUUCAAUAUAUCCACAUUUUUCCUUCGUCAUGAUGCCAUCUAUUUUGUGAAGUGCACCAGUCUCUCCUGCAGCAAAGCACCCCCACAGCAUGAUGCUGCCACCCCCAUGCUUCACGGUUGGGAUGGUGUUCUUCGGCUUGCAAGCCACCCCCUUUUUCCUCCAAACAUAACAAUGGUCAUUAUGGCCAAACAGAUCUAUUUUUGUUUAAUCAGACAAGAGGACAUUUCUCCAAGAAGUACGAUCUUUGUCCCCAUGUGCAGUUGCAAACCGUAGUCUGGCUUUUUUAUGGCAGUUUUGGAGCAGUGGCUUCUUCCUUGCUGAGCGGCCUUUCAGGUUAUUUCGAUAUAGGACUCGUUUUACUGUGGAUAUAGAUACUUGUGUACCUGUUUCCUCCAGCAUCUUCACAAGGUCCUUUGCUGUUGUUCUGGGAUCAAUUUGCACUUUUCGCACCAAAGUACGUUCAUAUCUAGGAGACAGAACGCGUCUCCUUCCUGAGCAUUAUGACGGCUGCGUGGUCCCAUGGUGUUUAUACUUGCGUACUAUUGUUUGUACAGAUGAACGUGGUACCUUCAGGCGUUUGGAAAUUGCUCCCAAGGAUGAACCAGACUUGUGGUGGUCUACAAUUUUUUUUCUUAGGUCUUGGCUGAUUUCUUUUGAUUUUCCCAUGAUAUCAAGCAAAGAGGCACUGAGUUUGAAGGUAGGCCUUGAAAUACAUCCACAGGUACACCUCCAAUUGACUCAUAUGAUGUCAAUUAGCCUAUCAGAAGCUUCUAAAGCCAUGACAUCAUUUUCUGGAAUUUUCCAAGCUGUUUAAAGGCACAGUCAACUUAGUGUAUGUAAACUUCUGACCCACUGAAUUGUGAUACAGUGAAUUAUAAGUAAAAUAAUCUGUCUGUAAACAAUUGUUGGAAAAAUUACUUGUGUCAUGCACAAAGUAGAUGUCCUAACCAACUUGCCAAAACUAUAGUUUGUUAACAAGAAAUUUGUGGAGUGGUUGAAAAACGAGUUUUAAUGACUCCAACCAAAGUGUAUGUAAACAUCCGACUUCAACUGUACAUAUCACAAUUGUGUUCAGUUUAUUUACAGUAUGUUACCCCUUGGCAGCGUUAUCAGAACGUACAGCAUUGAUUUUCAUUGCUACGCAGACGAUACACAACUUUACAUUUCUGUGUCACCAGAGGAUUUUAGCUUCACAGAUAAAUUAUUAGACUGUUUUAGUGAUUUAAAGACUUGGAUGGGACAAGGCCGCACAUUUUAAUUCAAGGGCAAUAAAGAUCAAACUCCAGGUAAAAAAAACGAUGUGUCAUUUUAGAUGCUGAACUCAAUUUCGAAUUACGAAAAUAGCUUUUUACCACCUGAGGAAUAUUGCCAAGGUGCGGCCGUUUCACUCUCAGGCUGAUACAGAGAGACUCAUCCAUGCUUUUAUUACAAGCAGGCUUGACUACUGUAAUACUCUCCUGUCUGGUCUACACAAGAAAGCCAUUGGUCAACUGCAAAACAUACAGAAUGCUGCAGCACGGAUACUGACCAAGACCUGUCGGAGAGCACACAUUACACCGGUUUUAAGGUUUCUGCACUGGCUGCCUGUGAGUUUUAGAAUUAAUUUUAAGAUUCUUCUGUUGGUUUGUAAAUCAAUCCACGAUUGUGCACCCCAAUACAUGUCAGACAUACUUUUAACUUAUGUACACAGUAGGUCCCUCAGGUCCUCUGGCACAGGCCUUUUAACUAUCCCAAAGCCUAGGACCAAGAGGCAUGGAGAGGCAGCCUUUAGUUAUUAUGCCCCCAGCCUGUGGAUUAGCCUGCCAGAGAACCUGAGGGGGGCCGAAACUGUGGACAUCAUUAAAAUAAUUCUGAAAACACACCAUUUUAGCUUUGCUUUUCCUUAGGGUGCUUUUUAGUCGUUCAAAUUUUUUUGUAACAUUUUUUUGUCAAGCACAUUGCGUUGCAUUCCAUGUCUGAAAUGUACUGUGUAUUUGGUUUGAUUAAAUGUUGUGGUAAAAUGGAGCGGACUUAUAGGGCCAGUUUCCCCCGACACAGAUUAAGCCUCAUCUGGGACAAAAAAGCAGUUUCUAUGGUGAAAUAGGUUUUUAGGCUAAGAUUUAGCCUUUAACUUGUGUCCAGGAAACCGACCUCUUAAAUAUAUCCAUAGACUUUUCUAUAUGGAGUAUAUUCCUGAACCCUAACAAGCCUUGUUUGCAUGUGUUGACUAGGACCUGUGCGAUGAGCUGUGCCUAAUUGACGUGAUGGAGGAUAAGCUGAAGGGUGAGGUCAUGGACCUGCAGCAUGGCAGCCUCUUCUGCAAGACCCACAAGAUUGUGGGCAAUAAGGGUGAGUGAGGAGUCAAACACUUAUGCGCACUCACACUAACACACACACGCACAAACGUGUUGUGCACACACACAAAUACACAAACAAACACACAUAUGCACAAACAAGUUGUGCACACACACACUGAUUUGUUGUGGGGGUGCUCGGAACCCUAGGUUGUAUUUGUGUGUGUUUAAUGUGCACCUUACCUUGAGUUGCCCACUGUUAUAUAAUCAAACCCUGGUUACAUUGUGUGUGGGUCCUCCCCCACUCCAGACUACAGUACGACCGCCCACUCCAAGGUGGUGGUGAUCACCGCCGGUGCUCGUCAGCAGGAGGGCGAGAGCCGUCUGAACCUGGUGCAGCGCAACGUCGACAUCUUCAAGUUCAUCAUCCCCCAGAUCGUCAAGUACAGCCCCAACGCCAUCCUGCUGGUCGUCUCCAACCCCGGUGAGGGAGGGAGGGAGGGAGGGAGGGGGAGAGGGAGAGGGAGAGGGAGAGGGAGAGGGGGAGAGAGAGAGAGAGAGAGAGAGAGAUUCAACAUGGUCCGGUGACUUGAUUAUUACUCUAACAUUGUGCGAAGUCAUUGACAGGUUUCAAUAAGAUAUUAGUGCUGGCCUGCUCACUCCGUAGCUCUCCAGGGUCAGGUUACAUUAUCAGGAACAACUGCAUGGUCCUUUGCUGACAACUCGGCCAAAAUGUGUCACCCCUCCUCCCUUUCGUUCCAUACUCCAAGCUGCAAAGUCAACGCUGGCUAUAUAGUGAACAUUUAUACAAAUACAAAUGUAAGGUUUAGGCAUAAUGUUAGGGGUAUGGUUAGGGUUUGUUUUCUUAACUCAAAUUGUGAUAACGUUUGUAACGCCCCCUUCUCCUUUCUCUCCUCCCCCCAUUCCAGUUGACAUCCUGACCUACGUGGCCUGGAAGCUGAGUGGUUUCCCCCGUCACCGCGUCAUCGGCUCCGGCACCAACCUGGACUCCGGUCGUUUCCGCCACCUGAUGGGCGAGAAGCUACACCUUCACCCCUCCAGCUGCCACGGCUGGAUCAUUGGAGAGCACGGAGACUCCAGCGGUAUGUAGGCUAUGGCUUCAAAUCCACUCCACUCCGGAACAGUCUGUCUGUCUGUCCAUACCAUAUUGUGGAAAACCUUCAUGGACAUUGGUAUCUAUGACAGAUAGGUAACUGACUGGAUGCCUGUCUCUUUUCUUUCUCCCAGUGCCCGUAUGGAGCGGCGUGAACGUUGCCGGUGUUUCCCUGAAGGGCCUGAACCCACACAUGGGCACAGACGCAGACAAGGAGGACUGGAAGCAUGUCCACAAGAUGGUGGUCGAUGGGUGAGUCUUAUAAACACACAUCGCUAUCUGUUCAACUACACUACAUGACCAAAAUUAUGUGGACACCUGCUCGUCAAACAUCUCAUUCCAAAAUCAAGAGCAUUAGUGAGGUCGGGCACGGAUGUUGGGCGAUUAGGCCUGCAUUCUAUGUUCCAAGUCAGGGCUCUGUGCAGGCCAGUCAAGUCUUUCCACACCGAUGUCGACAAACCAUUUCUGUACGGACCUCGCUUUGUGCACGGGGGCAUUGUCAUGCUGAAACAGGAAAGGGCCUUCCUCAAACUGUUGCCAGAAAGUUGAAAGCACAGAAUCGUCUAGAAUGUCAUUGUAUGCUGUAGCAUUAAGAUUUCCCUUCACUGGAACUAAGGAGCCUGAACUAUGAAAAACAGCCCGAGACCAUUAUUCCUUCCACAAUGAUGGAAGUAGAGUAUAAAUUACUUCACUCCCAAUCAAAUCCAAUGGAGCUUGGAGGAAUGAGGAUGGAAUUUGGCCUGAGGCUAGGAGCCAGACAUGCUGGGACUAGCACAGUAGGUAGACUACGCCAUUGUCUUAUGCGUUUACUACACCUGCAUCUGGGUCUAAAGCAGUUAAGUUGUUGUUAUGCAAUGCUGCAGACUGUAAAGGUAUUACUAUUAAUUACAAGUUAUUACAAGUAAUUCACAAUCCACUUCAUAACUAGUUUCAUGGCAUUUGUCCCUGCUGUUAUCAAAAUAUAUUUUCCUGAGUAGUUCUUAGCAUUCACAAUAGGAAAAACUACUCACGUUUCCUAUGAAAUUAGUUUAAAUGUGUUAUAAAGAUCUUAUAAGUUUACACCUACCUUAUACAGGUUAAAGAGGUGUGUAUAAAGCUGUUAUAAAGGUUAAACCUACCUUAUACUGUAUAUGAAAGAAGUGUGUAUAAAGGCGUUAUAGGUUAGAGGUGUGUGUAAAAGGUGUUAUGAAGGUUACAUAUAUGUUAUAGAGAUGUGUUUAAAGGUAUUUGUAUAUGUCUAUUAUACAAAUAUGCUUGUAUAUCCUGGCUGUUCCUUUCUAACUCCUCUCCUCAUGUCUCUCUGUGUCAUAUAGUGCCUAUGAGGUCAUCAAGCUGAAGGGUUACACCUCCUGGGCUAUCGGCAUGUCUGUCGCUGACCUGAUUGAGAGCAUCCUGAAGAACCUCCACAAAGUUCACCCCGUGUCCACCCUGGUCCAGGUAAGAAGUCCAUCCUGCCAUGCUCUAAAUGUGUGUUGAUGCCAUAUAUUUACAUUUGUCAUUUUAUAGCAGACAGUCUUAUCCAGAGUUACUUACAGUGAGUGCAUUCAUUUUGGUACUACCAUACUACUUGUAGCUAAGAGUGUGCUGAAUCCAUAACACUCCUGAUGGUUCCAAUCAGGGAAAGAAUACAGAAGAGUAGAUGGUACCAAACGGGCCAAAAACCUUUAGGUCUAAGAGGGUUUAAAGAAGAUCGAUGGAUCUUUGGUUGUUGUAGCAUAGCAGUAGGCUAACUCAACUUGAAUGAAAAAGAUGGUCAGCACUCGCAAAUAAAGUAUUUAUAUGAAUGUUUUUUUAAAUAGCAUAAGUCUCAAGCCGACAUGCAAGAGUAGUCCAUGUUUUUCAAGAAAACUAUAUGCUAAAGUGUAUACCUAAUGUGUGUUAUGACUGAAGAUGUAAGGAUUAAGUUGGCUCUUCUUUAUACAUAAAUACAGACAUAUCUGAUAGUUUUAUUUGGACCAACCACUGUCAAACAGGUCAAGAUCACAGAUGUAUGGACUUGAGACACACACACUAAUAAUACACCCACCGCCACUCCACCUGUGUUCCGUCCCUAAUCAGUCUCUCUCCUUCCCUCCCUCUCAGGGGAUGCACGGUGUGAAAGAUGAGGUGUUCCUCAGCGUGCCGUGCGUGCUGGGCAACAGUGGUCUGACUGACGUCAUCAACAUGUCCCUGAAGCCCGAGGAAGAGAAGCAGCUGAUCAACAGCGCCGAGACCCUGUGGGGCGUGCAGAAAGAUCUCAAAUUGUAAAGCGCAGUGUUAAUUUCGUCAGCAAUAAUACUAUGACAAAAUACUCAAUUACCUAUUUUUCCUGACUAAAACUUUGAUAACGAGAUACACUGGAAAAAAACGAUGACUAAUACAAAUUACUUUUCAUUUUAGUCUACGGAAAUGUGACAAGACUACCACGUGAGGCUAAUGGACAUUUUAAAGUCGACUGAUAACUAAAACUAACGCAGGACGAAAUGUCUAAAAAGUAUUUUAAGACUAAGACGAAAUCUAAAAUAGCUGCCAAAAUGAACACUUGUAAAGAGCCCCCUGUGCCAUCUGGAUGUACGUACGAUCCAAUUUACUCCACCAACCAAAUAAAACUACCAGGAUGAUGAAACAAGCAUCUGUUUUGUCUCUCUCCGUGUGUGUUAUGCCUGUAUGGUAGUUGUGUUUACGUGUUAGAAUUUCAGCCGAUAAUUAUUGAAUUGUUCCGAGGCAGGGAUUUACACAUUUGCAGAUUAGGGAUCUCAUUCAAUGAGGUGAAAUGGAGGUCCCUACUCUUUCCUCUCAGCGGAGGUUGGUGGGUGGGAUAUCAAUGCUAG